UUUUCAAAUACCGAAUUUUUUUGAUAUAUAAUACAUUCAAACACAUCCAUUAUCAAUUAUUUUUUUUAUCGAUAUACGUCUUCUAUGAAUGGUGUGUGAAUUUGUUUUUUUUUCUCAAUGAAUUGAGUUGAUUCGAAUUUAGCCGCGCGGCUAUAGAUUCAAAAGUCAUGUUGUUUGUGACUAUAAAAAUGAUUUCGAUUUUGAUUUAAAAAAAUUCGUUCAAUGGAUUUUUUUCUUUAAUUCUUUCCAAACGGACCAACCAAAGUAAAGUAUCCUGGAAUUGUGAUGUCAAGGAUAUCGCACACUUUGAUUUAUGUGUGUUUGUGUGCAAUAAUCUUAAAAUUGUCCGGUUGUCAAGUAAUGAUUGGAAAUAAUCAUCAAUAACAUUGGUUACAGAUUAAUUGAUCAUUGAUCAUUUCGAUUGCUUUUUAUCAUUUAUUUCUUUGCAUUGCUCUCAUCUUUCACCCAUCUGAUUGAUUGAUAUGUUGAUUUUUGUGUGAAAUCAAAUCAAAAAAAAAAAAAAAAAAUGGAAUCUAAAUAUGUUGAUAUACCAUUAAACAACAAUGAUAAUGAUGAUGAAGAAAAUACAUCAACGACUAUUCAACGACGUAUUCAUCAACAAAAUUCGACAGCCGAUAAACAGAAUAAUAAUGAUUUACAUGUAAUGGUACGAAAAAUUUUUUGUAAUCAUUUUGUUCCAUUCGUCGGUUUGUUUGCUCUAUGUGCAUUUAUCGGUAUCGGUACACCAAUGAUAUGGAAUCAGAUUUGGAAACCAAAUUCAAAUGUUACAAUUGAAACUGAUCUACGUUAUGAUUGUUCACCACUAAAACCGAAAAAAAGUGAAAAAUGUUCAGAAAUAUGUAAAUUAGAUCAAUUAGCUAAAUAUGAUGAAAUUCGUUGCUAUUAUCGUAUGGAAACAAGUGAAGAUAUUGAUGAUGAUUCUAUUCUAAUGCCAAGAUAUUCUAUUGAACAAAUAAAUGAUUUUAAUUAUCUACUUUCAUUGAAAACACCACCGCCAUUUAUUCAUGAUCAAAAAAAUGAUGACCUAUCGAAAGAUCCAAUAAUACAUCGAAAAUUAUCACUUUCAAUUCGUUAUCAUAAUCCAAACCAUUCAAGCGUUCUCAUUAAACCAAUUCAUGAAGAUGAAACAUUAUGGUCGAAAAAUUUCGAUUUCAAUUAUCAACCACAUAAUAGUUCAAUCGAUUCGGAAGCCGAAAUAACAGUGGAAAAUGAUUUGAAAAAUAAUUAUUUUCAACUUAAAAUUCGUCGAAAAAGUACUGAUGCUAAAUUGUUUGAUAUGGGAUCACAUACACCAUUUAUAUACGCCAAUGGUUACAUUGAAAUCACAACAUUAUUGGUUAAUGAUAUUAUGUAUGGCCUAGGACAAUCGAAUCAACCAUUUAGACAUAAUUUUAGUAUUCCAAGGAAAUGGAAUCUAUUAAAUCAAUAUCAUGAUAAUCUUACAAUGAAUGCAACAAGUUUAUUCGGUAGUCAUCCAUUCUAUCUUGGCAUUGAUAAUCCAAAACAAGGCAAUGCUUACGGAGUUCUUUUAUUGAAUAGUUUUCCCAUACAGGCCAUUAUAAAUGCUCGACCAAGUUUAACAUUGCGAACAAUGGGUGGACAUGUUGAACUCCACUUUUUCUACGGCCCUAGACCUAUCGAUGUCAUACGGCAAUUACAAAAUUUUAUCCAUAAACCAGCAAUGCCACCUUAUUGGUCACUUGGAUUUCAUAUGUGUCAUACAAAAUGUUCGUUGCCAGUUCACAAAACCAUCGAUAAAUUACAUUCAUUGUCUAUACCAAUUGAAUCUGAUUGUGGAACAUCUCUGAAAAUUAGCGAUCAAAAUCAAUUUAAUCAAUUUGCUUCGCAACUUCAUAAUGCAAAAAUUCAUUGGAUAUCAGCUACGAUUCCACAUUUGUUAACAACAGAUGGCGAUCUAUCACAGGAUCAAUGGAAUAAAAAUGUUUUAAUGAUGAAAAAAUCUGAUACCGAUACGAAACGUAUACCUUAUUCCGGAUUGAUGACUGGUUGCUCCAAUAAUGUUGCACAAAAUCAAAAAGCUUAUUUUCCUGAUUUAUUCAAUCGAAAAAGUCGUAAUUUAUAUUCAGAAAAUGAAUUGAAUUCAAAUGCCGAUGGUUUUAUAUUGGAUUGGAAUACACCGGUCAAUCUGGCGAAUGGAAAUCAUUCCUGUUUAUCGAUGCUCAAUCACUAUAAAUGGAAUUAUUAUUAUUUUGCCAGUUUGAAUAAUAAGAAUCCAUGUCUUGAUUUAUUACUAUCUGAAUCAUCUUCGUCAUCUUUAAUCAAUGAUAACAAGCAAACUAUUGGACCAUAUCUAGCAUUACAUAAUAUGUAUGGAUUGAAACAUUCACAAGCUGUAUAUGAAAAAUUCAUUAAAAAUCAAAGAAAAAGACCAUUUAUAAUGAGUUUGGCAACAUUUUUGGGCAGCGGACGUUAUGGUGGCCAUAUCGCGACACCAAUCAAUGGUACUUGGGAAAUGCUUCAGUUUAGUAUGAAACAAAUGCUUGAUUUUAGUUUAUUCGGUAUACCGAUGAGUGGCUUCCCGGUUGGUGGAUAUAAAGGUGAAAAGCGUGAAAAAAAUGGUAAUCUAAUGAGACAAUGGUAUCAAUUGGCGUCGAUGCAACCAUUUAUGAUUGCCUAUAGUGGUUAUUUGCAAUCAGAAACACAAUACACUGAAUCAUUAGAGAAUACGAUUCGUUCUGCAAUUAAAACUCGGUAUCGAAUUCUACCAUAUUUGUAUACAUUAUUCUAUCGUGCAUCCACCGAUGGUGAUCUUGUGGCUCAACCAUUGUUCAUACAAUUUCCAACCGAUAUUUUGACGUAUAAAAUACAAAAUCAAUAUAUGUUAGGAUCAGCAUUGAUGAUAUCACCAUCAUUGGAACAGGAUCGAUCAUCGAUUAUGGUCCAUUUUCCAAAAGGACGUUGGUAUGAUUUUUAUUCUGGACAAAUUGUUUGGAAUAAUGAUGAUGGUGUUGCUGAACUGUCAGUAGUUAAUAUCAACAUUCAUUUACGUGGUGGUCAUAUGGUUAUCAUUCAAGAAUCUAGCAUGACAAUUGAAGAAACACGUGAGAAUAAUGGUUUUCAACUCUAUGGUGGAUUUGAUCGUCAUCGACAAGCAAGUGGGGAAUUAUAUUUAGAUUCUGGUGAUGAUUUAUUCCCCGCCAAACGUUAUAUGCAGGUAUUUUUUCAAGCUGAAUACACAAAUCUUACAAUAACUAUACAACAAAAUGAAGAUUUUUGUCGUGCAAUGAAAAAUCAACUGCAAAAAAAAUUGAAUACCAUAUUAGAAACAGUGAAAUUAUGUGGUGUGAUUGAAAAACCAAAUCCAUAUUUGGUCGAUGUUUAUGAAAUUAAUCCAUCAAAUGACCAGAUGAAAAAAUUACGAACAAUUUCUGGUACAAAAUCCAUUCAAUUUGAUGCAAAAUUAGGCGUUUUGGUCAUAAAAACUGAUUUAGAUUUAUGCAAUGUACCGUAUUCAGAUCGACAUGUUUCAAUUAAUAAAUUUUUUCUAAAUUGGAAUUAUACUAAAUAUGAAAUUUAAAGUUACUGCUAAAUAAAUUUUUCG